AAAAGUCAAGAUAGCAAACAAAACUGUGAACGGUGAGAUGUUUUAUUAUUUGUCACAGAGUUUUACUAUUAUGCGGUGAUACCUACGGACUUUCUCUGUGGUCAAAAAUAGCAGCUUUAAGAGCAAUGGAACAAACGUUGGCGAGCUAACGUCAACUGAAAGAAUGUUUAUGCUAUUCGCUAGCUAAUGCUAGCGGCCCAGCCAUGUAUUUUUAUUUGCUUUGUCGUCUUGGUGUUGAUUUUUACGUGAAAGGGUGUCACCUUUACACCUAAAUACGCGAGAGACUGGAUUAGUGUUACAUACGUCUGUCGCUUGAAUGCCUUGGAUGAGAGAUAAUUCUUUUAACAAAAUAGUAAGGAUAGUAAACAACCGCUAAUAUUGCGCCAUGAACCCAUCCAAUCCGUUUGGCAGUCCACAAGGUGGAGCUUUCCAAGCGCCAAGCAACACUUUGAAGACAGGUUUGUUCCAGUCAUUCGGUCAGCAAAGUUCCACUAAUCAACCCCAAACUAUGAGCUUUUUUCAACCAUCAGCGUUUGGACAGCCCUCAUCUCAUGGAAAUACCGUGUUUGGACAGGCCCCUGCCUUUGGACAGGCGUCCACACAGCCCCCCUCGCUGCCUACAAUCAGCCAAGCUCCAGCAUUUGGACAGCAGUCAUUAGGAAUGAGUAGCUCAGGCUUUGGUAAUAGCACAGCACCGGCUUUUGGACAGACAAGUGGACCAAACCAGGGUUCAGUCUUUGGUCAGACACCUUCAUUCGGACAGCCGUCUGCAUUUGGUCAGGCACCAGGAUUUAGCCAGCAGACCACAGGAUUUGGCCAACAGCCCUCUGGAUUUGGGAACUCCCAGAUGACAUCUGGAUCCACCACUGCCAUAGGACAACCUCAGCCGCUUGGUUUUGGACAGUCUGUGUUUGGACAGCCAUCAUCCACCAGUGCCACCACCAAUGUAUUUGGCACGGGUCAGAGUGUGACCCAGAGCAGAGACUUCGGAUCAUCCAAAUUCAGUUUCAAGCCGGCCAAUGAGGCACUGUUCAAACCAAUCUUCAGUGCAAGCCCUGAGCCAACUAACCCCCAAACCACAUCAAUGUCAGGUUCACCUUUUGGCAGCAGUGUAUCCCAGACAAGCUCCAGCGCCCUGAAUAGCAGCACCACCACCACUACUGGCUUCUCUCUGUUGACUGGGGCUAAGUCAGGUCAGCUUGGCUUCAGCUUCUCACAGCCGGCUGUAGCUCCAUCUGUCUCUGCUCAAAACAAUCCACUAACAACUGGCAGCAGCAGCAGCAGCACUCCCUCCAACACACUGCAGUUCACCUUUUCCCAGCCAGCAGCUCCUUCUAGCUCCAGCACUAAGGCAACUACCACCCAGCCCACCACCCCAUCAUCAUUCAGCUUUUCAGCCCAAGCCCUCCCGUCCCAGGCAGCACCCCUCUUUGGAGGAAGCAAUUUUGGUCAGCCCCCAGCUUUUGGUGACACCAAAGCAAAAGUUGAGACUAGUACAGAGGAUAAAGGGAGCACCCUUGAGGGCCUUGGAGACACAAAUAUAUUUGCACGACUUGGCAAAGGCACCAAGCGAAAGGAAGAUCCAGUGGCACCCAGCCCAGAGAAGCCUGCCACAGGAGAGGAGGAGGAGGGUGCUGCAACAGAAGCAGAUUCACCACGACAUCCUUCAAAGAGGCCUCUGAUGAGGUCCCGUGGCCCACCAGGAGCAUUAUUCGGUAGGGCUUUAAGUGCUCUUCGUAAGGAUGGCCCCAAGUCAGUGAAACGAGAGGCCACAAAGGAAACUCAGGAGCAAGCACCCAAGUGGGAAGAGACAGAGAGAGAAGACGUCCAAACUCAAGGCGACGACCUACCUGCCGCACCACCCAUAGCACCAGCACUGACCAGGGAUGUGCUGCAAAAAGAUGAAGACUCAGCCUCACCAAUAACCCCAGACCCCACCCUCAGCAUAACCCCUGUGAGACGUGGUGUACGCACAGAGAGCUCGGACAGCCUGGGCGGCAUGUCUCCCAGUGACUGCACCGUCAUCAUGUGCAGGAAUGUGCCUCCAACCGUCAACAAGAAGGAAGUGAUUGAGAGACACUUUGGUCGUUUCGGCAAAGUCCGCAAGGUCUUCUGCCGGCCGGCCAAGAACCAGGCUAUAGUACACUUUGAUGACCAUGCGUCAGCAGCAAAGGCAAAGAAGAAAGGCAAAGUCCUUCAAAGACACGAACUCCUCCUCCUGUGGCAGAAAAAGAAGCAGAGUCCAGGGGACAAAGAGAGCAGACCUGCAGCAGGAAAGGAGGAGGCAAAAGGAGAAAGUCAGGAGGACAUCAGGUCCAAAGCUGCUUCCCCCCCAUUUAGAAGAGCUGCAGCCAGCAGCAUGAUGACCUUCAGCCACAGCUCUCCAGUGAAGAAGUCGUCAUUAGCAAAGUCUCUGCAGUUUGACGCUGAACCCCCGAAAGAGAGCAGCACAGAGGCCCUGAGCUCAGAGCGCCCCGUCCCCUCCUCGCUCCUCCACCUCAUUGGCCAGGUGUCUGAAACUGCUGAGGAGAAGUACCGCCUCCUGGAGCAGAGGGACAAGAUCCUGCGUCAAGGUCGCCCCAAGAGGACCGACUUAGACCUGUCUAAGGUGUUUGUGGGGACGUGUCCUGACAUGUGUCCGGAGAAGGAGAGGUAUAUGAGGGAAACACGGAAACAGCUGAGCAUAUUCGAGGUCAUCCCGAAUACUGAGAUGGUGGAUCACUCAGCAGCCAUCAAGGAGUACAGCCGCUCAUCAGCCGACCAGGAGGAGCCCCUGCCCCACGAGCUGCGGCCCCUGCCUGUGCUGAGCAUGACCUUGGACUAUCUGGUGACUCAGAUCAUGGACCAGGGCCGCGACAACUACCGGGACUGGUAUGACUUUGUUUGGAACAGGACCCGCGGCAUCCGCAAGGACAUCAUCCAGCAGCAUCUGUGCUGCCCAAACACGGUCUCGCUAAUUGAGAAGUGCACACGCUUCCACGUGCACUGCGCUCACCACCUCUGCGAGGAGCAUAUGUCAGCUUUCGACGCCAAGAUCAACAAUGAGAACAUGACAAAGUGCCUCCAGAGUCUCAAAGAAAUGUACCAGGACCUGGCCACACGCAACAUCUACUGCCUGCUGGAGGCCGAGUUUCGCCAGUACAACGUGCUGCUGAAACUCAACGAUGGUGACAUCCUACGGGAAGUGCAGCAAUUCCGUGAUGAGGUGCGCAAUUCCGCUGAGGUGAAGUUUGCUGUUCAUGCAUUUGCUGCGGUCAACAGCAACAACUUUGUGCGCUUCUUCAAGCUGGUGAAAGGAGCCUCGUACCUCGCCAGCUGCCUCCUGCACAGAUACUUCAAUCAGGUCAGAGCUAAGGCCCUGAAGACUUUGAACAUGGCUCACACCGUGGGUCCAAGAUCCACUGCGUUUCCAGUUGAGGACAUCGUUCGCAUGUUAAUGUUCCGCGACGCUGACGAGGCAGCUGACUUUAUCCAGCAGUACGGCCUCAACAUCAGCGAUGGCAUGGUUGAGCUGAGUCGGAUAGCCUAUCAGGAGCCAGAGCUGCCUCUGUCCCAGAAGAAGUCGGAUGUCAUCCUCUCAAAGAAAACAGUGCUGAUUGGAGAGGUGGUGAACGGAGGUCCUCUCCCAAAACCCGUCCAGCACACUCAUGUCUGCAGCUUUGACUCCCAGAACAAGUACAGAGGAGAAUGCCUUCUAACCGAGCCCACUGCGAGCCAGUUCAAAGCUGUUGCUGCCAAGGUGGAGGUUAAGGCCCCGCCCAGUGUUGAGCUGCUGACACAGGUGGUUCCAGACGCGCCCGCAGUGUUCGGCUUGCCUCCAGCUGUUGCAGACGAGACAGGAGAACUCGGUGAAUCGUACCACAGCCCGGCCCCGCCUGCAGACGCCCAGCAGCUGUUCCAGCCAAUACCUCAACCGCAGCCCAUCAAACCCCCGUCUCCUCCACCUCAGCCAGCGUACAGCAACGAGGACAUCAUGGCUGAAGUGGACUGUGUGAUUGAAGAGGUGCUUGAAGCAGCAGUGAGGGAGGUCGCCGAUGCUGGCGUCAGCUAUGCCUCAGCAGCUCUUGCGGAGAGCGAUGUGCAGGUGGAGUCACUGGUGAGCGAGGUGUUGGGACAGAUGCUGCAGGACAUGUCUUCCACCGAGAUCAAGCUGGAACAGGAGCGUGUCGCUGAGGAGAAACGCAAGCUUGAAGAAGCCAGGAGGAAGCAGGAACAUGAGGCCUUCCUGGUGCACUUCAGCUUCUCUCUCUGCACAGAGCUCGUCUAUGAAGUUUUAGAUGAGACCAUCAAGGAGACCGCCACCUCUGAGAUCCAACAGGCAGUGAAUGAGAAAGCAGACCGUGUGGCUAAAUGCACGGAGCAGGUGUGCACCAGUCUAAUCGAGGAGACGCUGAAUGCAGACAUUGCUGUGUUGGUUGAAGACAUCCUGGAAGCUGAGCUGCAGCGUAUUCAAAAGUAUAUUAAAAGGUGGCGUGAUGUGGUAGCGGUGCGUCGGCAGCUGAAGAGACAGAUGAGAGGUUUCCCUGCAGCUCCUUGCUGUGUGGAUCCUCGAUUCAAACUGAAGGCUCUGGCUCCCAGUGCCCCUGCACAGCCCUCUAUGGCAGAUCUGGCCCGCGGUCUGGUCAACCUGGGAAACGCCGGCACUCUGGCCCUCUCCAGCACCAGGCUGUUGAAAAUGAGACAGGAAGCGAUCCAUCAGAUGAGAGUUCACUUCUAUUAUCAGCAGCUGCUCGAUGAGGCGGUGUGGGCUCCACUCGACCUGCCAGCACUGGUGACAGAAAGUAUCCCCGACCCACCUGAGCAAAUCUUCUGGAAAGCUGUUCUCCUCUUACCCAGCGACCACGAGAGUGUAGCCAGCCUGGCAGACAGGGUCCUGUCAGACUGGCUGGAGGUGAAGCUCGGUGGGAACAUGGGCUCAGAGGGGAGGGAGGAGCAGGAAGACGGUACACUAGAGACCCUCUGCGUCACCAACACACUCCAGAACAACGGACAACGCACUCACAAAGUCCACAUCAGCAUCAAGGCGUCCAGGGGCCCUCUGACCGAAGACGGCCUGUCCAAAACGGAGGAGUGCUGUGAGCUCCAGGGGACCGGAGCUCUGAUCAUGUUGCUCCCAGCCAUGCCCAUCGUCGAGCCCGUGCAAGACGAGCAGGAUGUACCUCUGUUGUCAGCGCUGCUUCAGCUCAAACAGCUGCAGCAAGCCAGCACCUGGCACUGCCCGCUGCCUCUGGUCAUUCUGGUGCCAGGGCCCGAGGGUGGCACUCAUGAUACACAGAAACUUGAAGAAGCCCUGAUGCUGCACACACUGGUCCAGGAAGGUCUGCUAUCAGAGUUCACCUUCUUCUUCAUACCAGAGACUACGAGUGACCUACAGGGGUCCAAACAGCUAAGCCAGGCAACACGCUGGCUGCUCGCCCGAGCACCACCACCCUUCCCGCUCUCCUGCUGGACCCUGGUGCAGCUUGUAGAGGCCAGUUUGAGUCGUGAGUUCAGUCCCAGAGUUCACGCCCACCGCCAGGAUCGGGCUGCAGCUUGUCUUCCUCCCCAGGACCCUGCGACCGUCAUCCAGCUGUACAACGCCGUGCUGGCUCACAUCGCUGACAAAGUGUCAUCCCAGGAUCUCAGCAGACUCUCGUGGCCGCCAGGCGAGUUCUGCCUGCCGGAUUCCCAGGACUCAGUCCCUCAUCUGGGCUGGAACUCUGCCCAGCACCUGGCCUGGCUACGCAGUGCCAUCCUCAGCCUGCAGCUGCCACAGUGGGAGCAGCUACCUGCUACAGACUCGUGGACUGAGCUGUGCUCCUCGAUCUUUCACUACGCCGCUCAGAUCCCAGUCACACACCGAAGUCAGCCUCUCCUCAUGUCACGACUGGAAAACCUUCUGGAAAGGGUCAGGCGAAAACGUCAGCAUACCCGAACCCCCAUGUACAGAGUAAGCAUGAGCAGUGAGAGUGUAUGUCCAGCCUUCAGUCAGAUGCCUUGGGACGACGUGCUGGUGAUUUGCAUCGACCACAAACUGAAAGACUGGCAGAUCCCUGGACCACCUGUUUGUGAAGAUGCUGUAACGGAUGAUGGGGAGAUCCUGGUGUACAUCCCGAUAGAUUCUCUUAAAGGUUUCCAGCCUCCUGAGGAGUGGACUCAGGCAGUCAGACAAACCCACAGAGAGAAGCAGCAAGAGAUGGAAGGGGCGGGUGCAGCUGCCAGUGCAACGCCCAGCAGUCUGUCCCUCAGACAGAGGUUGUUCCACAGUCUGGUGGAGCCUCUCAAGGCCCCCACAGCCCCUCUGGACAUCACACACACUCCGACAGCACAAGAGCUACUGGCCCACAAAGUCUUCCAGACCCUAGAGGAGGAGAAAGCAGAAAGCAAAAGGAGCAUGGAGCAGCUACAGCGCUGGCUUGAUGGCGACCCCCUGGACCACUUGUCCACACCGCUUUUACUUCCUUCCUCCACUCUCUUGUCCAUGCCCACAACCAUAAUUCAUGCACCCACAGCAAAGACUGCCACACAGGAGCCGGAGCCCGAUGAUCUGUCGGACAAAGCAGAGGAGUCUAAAAUCGUGCCUGUUUCUAUGUCAUGGCGACUGAAGGAGCUCGAGCGACAGAUUUUGGCGAGCAAAGAGGAAGAGCUUGCUUGCAGACUGAAGCUAAGUGGUCUGCUGAGCAUCGUUGAUGACUGAUGAACUGUUGAAAGAAACUCUACAGCUAUGCAAAUGUUUGAAAAAUGAGAACAAAAAUCAACAUUUGCCUGUAGCAAGAGACUACUUUUAUUUUUGCUAAGCUCAUGGCACUGUGGAGUUUACGUUGUUGUGACUUUGUCAUCCUUUAGUCUGUUGAGAUCAGAUUAACUGAUUGCAACCAUGUUUGUCUUUAUUUUAAGGUCUAGUCUUGUACACGAAGAAAGAAAUACAAGAUUUUUACUCAGUUUAAUUUUGUACUGUAAAUUUUGCAUUUAUAACUUGAUGUGUGUGUCUAUACAGUGUCUAUUUUUGGAUGUGUAUGUUUUUGCACAAACCUGAUGCAUUCUCUUGAAGUGUGUUAAAACCUCUGGAAAAGCUGCUUUCCUUGUCUGUCUUAACACAUCUUGAAUGAUAUGGAUUGUAUUUGUAAAACCAGCCUAAAACUAUAGAAUGGCUUUUGUGAUGUUUGAACCAGUUUUUGUAUAUUUCAGUUAUGUCUAACGGCUUUAAUAUUGAAUAAAAGUGUUAUUUUUCAAAUAA